AUGGAAGAGCAAGCUAUACGCUUGGAAAACAACUAUAAUCGCACUGAUUUUGACCUAGAAGAAGGAGAAAGACUUCUACGUGAAUUGGAUGAGAUGAAGGAGAUCUUGAACAAAUACCACUCCGUAUUAAUGGCCUUGACUGAACGCUGCGCAACUAUCUCACCCCUUUGGCAAAGAGGAGAGCGCAUCUCUCGUCCUAUCGCUGUAACAGCGUUGUGUGAUUACUCGGACAAAACCGUUCAUAUCAAAGCUGGUGAUGAGGUGACUUUACUGGAUAAUUCCGACUUGAUCAAAUGGCAAGUGCGCGAUCUUUCCGGCGCCGAAGGAACAGUACCAUCUGUCGUAUUCCGCAUUCCACCUCCAGAUCCAAAGUUGACAGCCUACUUGAAUCGGCUACUGCAACAAUUCGAGAAACUGAAGAAGCUAUGGGAAAAGAAGCAUCGCAUGGUCCGCUUCAACAUGGUGUUGAAUACAAUGAAAACCAUCCAGGGUUGGGACCUCGAUACGUUCAACGCUAUCGACCCUGAACAACGCGAUGCUAUCAUGCGUGCUCUGAAUGACGAUGCUAAUAAGUUAUUGGCAGAAAUGGAUCCCAAUGACCCACUUGCCUUACGUUUGAAAGAGGAACUCAGACGCACAAACGAACACUUCUGGAACUUGCUAAAUGCGAGCCAGAAGCCUCCUGAGCCAGACCAUUCUUCAUUAUUCGACGAGAAAAUAGGUGAUCUCCUGAGAAAACUUGAGGAUGCUUGGCGUAAGCUCAAUGAUAAUGCUGGAAAACCGCUUUCGAGAAAUCCUGAUGAGCUAGAACGUGUGAUAGUAGAUCACAAGAGUUUCGAAGACGCUCUGCAGGCCUUGGACGCAGAUGUUGCCAACAUUAAAGAGUUGUUCCGUCAACUUCCUAAUCCCACACCCACCCAAAGGGUCAACAGUGAUAGGCUCAACAGUCUUUGGGAAGAUCUAUGGGACUUGUCGCGCAUGUACGUCGAGAGGAUCAAGGUAUGA